UAGUAUCUAAUUCGACUGCCAAACAAACCGUCAACGUUGCUAUGACCUGUUGACUCUUUCUUUCAGACAGCGAAACACAUGGAAGGUUGUUGUGGCGGCGGCGGCAACGGAAAAGACGGAGAUGAUACAUACGGAGGAAGCUUUGAGGGCAGUACUCCGCUGUAAUCGUAGGCGAUGUGAGUGGCUUCUCUAUUGAUAAGAAAAACCACAUCUAUUCGGACAGAAAUGAAGAAGAGUGAAGUGCCUGGGGCUGAGUAUAAAGUGGCACUGUCUCAGCUGGGGCUGGACCUGAUCGAAGUGGACCCAGGGUUGUAUCAGUGAUUGAUUCCUCGUUAGAAAAAAAACUGGAAGGAGCCAAGGUAGUUGCAACAGCUGUAAUCCCUGAUGAAGUCGAAAGAAUCAAAGACAUUCUUCAGAAAUGGAGCCAUGUUGUUGACGAAAUAGACCUCAUUCUUACACUUGGAUGAUAAUCAACUUGCCUGGGAACCCAAACGCAUUGGCCGAGUGUAUGGAGGCCCUGUUACCAGCACUGAAGCACGCUCUGAAGCAGAUCAAAGCAGACAAGAGAGAGAGACACAUCCAAAGCACAUACCUCAUGCAGAAGCCACUGCACCUGCUGAUACAUGGGACAAAAGCUACAAUUCUGCGUAUGAGGGAGCAGACGAGACAAAAAAUGCUGGCUGUUCUUGCACUAACUGAAACUUCUCAGCUUCUCCGCUCAGUGAAUCAAUCCCCAAAUAAAACCUGGGAAUUAUAUAGUUGUGUAUGAGUCUCCUCCUUCCCCGGCGGACGCUGAACAGAAAUAAUAGGAGCAGUUUGAAAGGGAGAGACUAUAAUAAUGGGCCAGCGCGCUCUUCAGAGAGUCCCUCCGUCGCUUCCAAGCCGCGCUCCUUCUCUUCCACCACCGUCUUCCUCUUCUCCCUCCCUCCGUUGCGCAACCUCCUCUCGCCGCCCCCUCCGUCCCAGAGCAAUGUCAUCCCACAUUGUCGGUUAUCCCCGUAUCGGUGCCAAGAGAGAGCUCAAGUUUGCAUUGGAGUCCUUCUGGGAUGGGAAAACAGGUGUUGAGGAUUUGCAGAACGUUGCUGCUAACCUGAGACGCUCCAUAUGGAAACAUAUGGCUGAUGUAGGGAUCAAAUACAUUCCCAGCAACACUUUUUCUUACUACGAUCAGAUGUUGGACACCACAGCGAUGCUUGGAGCUGUUCCCCCUAGGUAUGGUUGGGAAACUGGGGAGGUCGGGUUCGAUGUUUACUUCUCCAUGGCACGAGGAAAUGAUUCUGUUCCUGCUAUGGAAAUGACCAAGUGGUUUGAUACAAACUACCAUUACAUUGUUCCUGAGUUGGGUCCUCAUGUUAAAUUCUCGUAUGCAUCUCACAAGGCUGUGGAGGAGUUUAAGGAGGCCAAAUCACUUGGCAUAGAUACAGUUCCCGUGCUCAUUGGUCCCAUGACCUACUUGCUCCUCUCAAAGCCAGCAAAGGAUGUUGAUAAAUCUUUCUGCCUUCUUUCUCUGAUUGACAAGAUUCUUCCCGUCUACAAAGAAGUUUUGACUGAUCUAAAGUCUGCUGGUGCACGUUGGAUUCAGUUCGAUGAGCCUAUACUUGUGAUGGAUCUUGACACCAACCAGUUGCAGGCGUUUUCGGAUGCCUACUCUCACAUGGAAUCAUCUUUGGCGGGGUUGAAUGUUCUUAUCGCCACAUACUUUGCAGAUGUGCCUGCUGAAGCGUACAAGGCAUUGACCUCGUUGAAGUGUGUAACUGGGUUUGGAUUUGACCUCGUUCGUGGACUGGAGACUCUUGAUUUGAUCAAAGUGGAUUUUCCUCGUGGGAAGCUGCUAUUUGCUGGAGUCGUUGAUGGAAGGAACAUUUGGGCCAAUGAUCUUUCUGCUUCACUUAAGACACUACAGACUCUUGAAGACAUUGUUGGGAAAGAAAAAGUCGUUGUUUCUACUUCGUGCUCUCUACUCCAUACGGCUGUAGAUUUGGUGAAUGAAGUAAAACUUGAUAAAGAACUAAAAUCAUGGCUUGCAUUCGCUGCACAAAAGGUCGUUGAAGUUAAUGCACUUGCCAAAUCAUUUUCUGGAUUUAAGGAUGAGGCACUGUUUGCUUCUAAUUCCAUGCGACAAGCUUCAAGAAGAUCAUCUCCAAGGGUGAUAAAUGCCACUGUACAACAUAAUGUUGCUGCAGUAAUGAAAUCUGAUCACCGCCGUUCUACAAAAGUAAGUGUUAGGCUACAAGCCCAGCAGAAGAAGCUAAACCUUCCUGCUCUUCCAACAACUACAAUUGGAUCUUUUCCUCAGACCACGGAUCUUAGACGGAUACGCAGGGAGUUCAAGGCCAGAAAGAUAUCAGAGAUUGACUAUGUCCAGGCUAUCAAAGUCGAAUUUGAAAAGGUUGUCAAGCUUCAGGAAGAGCUUGGCAUUGAUGUAUUGGUGCAUGGGGAGGCAGAGAGAAACGAUAUGGUGGAGUUUUUUGGUGAGCAGCUGUCUGGCUUUGCAUUCACAUCAAAUGGGUGGGUCCAAUCAUAUGGGUCUCGCUGUGUCAAGCCACCUAUCAUCUACGGUGAUGUCAGCCGACCAAAGGCAAUGACUGUCUUCUGGUCGUCAAUGGCACAGAAGAUGACUCAACGUCCUAUGAAAGGGAUGCUCACUGGUCCUGUUACAAUUCUCAAUUGGUCCUUUGUUAGAAAUGACCAGCCCAGGUAUGAGACGUGUUUCCAGAUUGCACUUGCUAUUAAAGACGAGGUUAAAGACCUUGAGAAGGCUGGUAUCACUGUUAUUCAGAUUGAUGAGGCUGCGUUAAGAGAAGGAUUGCCCCUCAGGAGGUCCGAGCAAGAACUUUACCUCGACUGGGCCGUCCACGCUUUCAGAAUCACAAACUGUGAUGUACGAGACACUACUCAGAUUCACACCCACAUGUGCUACUCAAAUUUCAACGACAUUAUCAACUCAAUUAUAAACAUGGAUGCUGAUGUGAUCACUAUUGAAAACUCACGGUCAGAUGAGAAGCUCUUGUCAGUCUUCCAUGAAGGAGUGAAAUACGGUGCUGGAAUCGGUCCAGGGGUGUAUGACAUUCACUCUCCUCGUAUCCCAUCCGCUGAAGAAAUAGCUGAGCGUAUCAACAAGAUGCUUGCAGUUCUGGACAGUAAAGUCCUGUGGGUGAACCCUGACUGUGGCCUAAAGACGCGGAAGUACGCUGAAGUUGAAUCUGCACUUGGCAACAUGGUUGCUGCUGCCAAGUUAAUCCGCUCUCAGCUAAAUAAGUCAUAAUGCCUUUCAUUAAGUACGUUUGCUCAUACUACCACUUUCUUCUGUCUCUAUAUCUUUCAUCUUACUUUGAAUACUUUCUCCACUUAUAGGAAGUUAUGAUUGUUCUGGCAUUGAAAUUAUGCUAAAAACUAAUUUGAAAUAUAUAUAAAAUGGAGUUUUUCACAU